UGACGUGCCGAUGACUGACGUAUUUGCUAGUGUUUUUGUGAUUAUUCAUUGAUAUGAGAUAUUAAUUUGUUACUAGAAAUUUAGUUAACAAAAAUGUCUGAUAAAGAAGAAAAACUAACUCAAUUUACCUCAAUAACUGGAGCCGCAGAGGAUAGAGCAAAUUUUUAUCUAGAUUCAGCAGCUUGGCAGUUGGAGGUUGCAAUUGCAAGGUACUAUGAAAAUGACGGGGAUUCCGAUCCCGUAGAAGAGAUUCCUCAACCAGUGGAGCCCCCAAAGUCACCCAUAGUAAAAAAACCAAAAUCAAAGUCUAAAGUAAAAUCGUCUAAAUCAUCAAAUGUCGCGACAAUUAAAUCAAUAACAAGUUCUAGUGAAGACGAAGAGGAAGGGCAGGCAUAUUAUGCUGGUGGUUCUGAAAACAGUGGGCAACAAGUCUUGGGUCCACCAAAGAAGAAGGACUUUGUAGCAGACAUGUUUAAAUCUGUUCAGGAACAUGGAGUCGAAAUUCUCGAACCAAGUGCAUCAUCCUCAUCAAAUUCAAGAGCAUUUAGAGGAACUGGCUAUAAACUUGGUCAAGAUGAUAAUGAUACAGUAGUUGUUCCUGGUGUUCCAGAUCCUCCUCAACCAGCUGAGGUUACUUUAAGGCUAUGGCAAAAUGGAUUUAGCCUUAAUGAGGGAGAAUUAAGGCCAUAUACAGAUCCAUCUAAUAGAGAAUUUCUUGAAUCAAUUCGUCAAGGGGAAAUACCUCAAGAAUUGCGACAGGGAGCUACUGAGGUCCAUUUAGCAAUGGAAGAUCAUCGAAUGGAAGCAUUCAGAACUUCAAGGAAUAAAAGGUCAGCCUUUCAAGGACAAGGUUAUACACUGGGAAGCCCAGCACCAGCUGUUGUUGGUGAAUGUACUGAAGAAGAAAAACCUAACCAUGAAGCCAAAGCUAAAGAGCAGCUAAAUCUAGACAAUUCUAAGCCAGUAACAAGUUUGCAGAUUCGCUUAGCAGAUGGAUCUAGAUUACAAGGGCAAUUCAAUCACCAACAUACAAUUGCAGAAAUUAGAAACUUCAUUCAACAUGCAAGACCGCAGUAUAGAAAUCAAGCAUUUAAUCUUUUAUCUGCAUACCCAGCUAAGGUUCUGGAUGAUGCACAAACCAUUGAAGCAGCAGGACUUCUCAAUGCUAUCAUCAUGCAGAAAUUAGUGUGAAAUUCUCUG